CUCUGACCAUUAAAUUAAAGUGAGAUGAUCCCACGGUGUUUAAACUCCAGAACACCAUCUAAUGUUCAAGUGUACAAUGCUGUCACCCGGAAUCCUCAGAUUUCAUUUCGCCAACUCGAAGCAGCAUCAAAUUUCAGCAUAUUUACCUAAAAAAAUUGGGAAAAGCUACUGUUGCAUGAGGACGAAGUUCUGUUCCCUCUGAAAUUGAACUGCUGAGAAGCUGAAUGAUGGCGUCAAUCCUCAGUCGCAAGCCGGUGAGAGUACUGGAAGAGGACUGGCCUUCGAAUGGUAGUCCAACGGACGCGGUGAUUUUCGUUGGGAUCAGCUUGGUGUUGGGAAUAGCGUGCCGACACGCCCUCAGGGGCACACGUGUCCCUUACACAGUGGCUCUGCUGAUUCUCGGAAUUGGCCUUGGUGCCCUGGAAUACGGAACACAUCACCAGUUGGGAAAGAUUGGAAAUGGGAUUCGCAUAUGGGCUGAUAUUGAUCCUGACCUUCUCUUGGCUGUGUUCCUUCCUGCGCUUCUCUUUGAGAGCUCAUUUUCUAUGGAAGUUCACCAGAUAAAGCUUUUUUUUCCCUAUAACUGGAGCUGGAAUACAUCCUUGCUGCUUGGGGGCCUCCUCAGUGCUACUGAUCCUGUGGCUGUUGUGGCUCUUCUGAAAGAACUGGGAGCUAGCAAAAAAUUGAAUACUAUAAUUGAAGGAGAGUCCUUGAUGAAUGACGGGACAGCAAUUGUGGUCUUUCAGUUAUUUUAUCGGAUGGUUCACGGCUGGAACUUUAAUUGGGGGGCAUUAAUCAAGUUUUUGUCACAAGUCUCUCUUGGAGCGGUAGGUAAUGGUGUUGCUUUCGGUGUAGCAUCUGUCUUGUGGCUGGGAUGUAUAUUCAAUGACACAGUUAUUGAAAUUUCUUUGACAGUUGCCGUGAGCUACACAGCCUAUUUCACAGCCCAAGAGGGACUUGACGUCUCUGGAGUUUUGACAGUCAUGACUUUGGGAAUGUUUUAUGCUGCUGUGGCUCGAACAGCUUUUAAAGGUGAAAGUCAGCAAAGCUUGCAUCAUUUUUGGGAUAUGGUUGCUUAUAUUGCUAAUACAUUGAUCUUUAUCUUAAGUGGUGUAGUGAUAGCUGAAAGUGUGCUCAAAAGUAGCAGUAUAUCUGGAAGCCAUGAGCAUUCUUGGGGUUAUUUGUUCCUUCUAUACGUGCUUGUUCAAGUUUCACGAGUUCUUGUAGUUGGACUAUUGUAUCCAUUCUUGAAAUAUUUUGGUUAUGGUUUGGACUGGAAAGAAGCUAUUAUUCUGGUCUGGUCUGGUCUACGUGGGGCCGUCGCAUUAUCCCUUGCUCUCUCUCGUUCGAGUGACAACUCAUCAUAUAUCAGCUCUGAUACUGGGAGUCUGUUUGUAUUUUUGACUGGUGGAAUUGUAUUUCUUACGCUUAUGGUGAAUGGAUCAACGACUCAGUUUGUUUUACAGAUUCUUAAGAUGGACAGGCUUUCAGCAGCCAAGAGGAGAAUACUGAAUUACACAAAGUAUGAAAUGCUGAACAAAGCACUGGAGGCCUUUGGUGAUCUUGCGGAGGAUGAGGAGUUAGGACCCGCAGACUGGGGUUCUGUUAAACGAUACAUAAAAAGCUUAAAUGAUAUAGAUGGUGUACAAGAACACCCACAUUCCACGUCUGGAAAUGAUAAUGACUAUGAACAUAUGAAUUUGGAAGAUAUACGUGUGCGCUUCUUAAAUGGUGUUCAGGCAGCUUACUGGGUCAUGCUUGAUGAGGGAAGGAUCACACAGACGACAGCCAAUCUUCUUAUGCGAUCUGUUGAUGAAGCAAUUGACGUGGUACCUCAUGAGGCUUUGUGUGAUUGGAAGGGCCUAAAAUCUUAUGUGAACAUGCCAAGUCACUAUAAGUUUCUCCAAGCAAGCAUUGUCCCUCCAAAGCUUGUGACUUAUUUUACUGUCGAGAGAUUAGAAUCUGCCUGCUAUAUUUGUGCUGCUUUUCUUCGUGCACAUAGAAUUGCAAGGCAGCAACUACAUGACUUCAUUGGAAAUAGUGAGAUUGCUGCCAUGGUAAUUAGGGAAAGUGAGCAGGAAGGUGAAGAAGCAAGGAAGUUUCUGGAAGAUGUUCGGGUGACAUUUCCUCAGGUACUACGUGUUGUGAAAACAAGGCAAGUCACGUAUUCUGUGCUGAAUCAUUUGAUUGAUUAUGUACAUAAUCUUGAGAAGAUUGGCUUAUUAGAAGGAAAGGAGAUGAGCCAUCUUCACGAUGCUGUCCAGACUGACUUGAAAAGGCUAUUAAGAAACCCUCCUUUGGUCAAAGUUCCUAAAAUAAGGGAUUUGGUAUCUGCCAACCCUUUAUUGGGAGCCCUUCCUUCUAGGUUGCGUGAGACAUUUGUAGGAUCGACUAAAGAAAUGAUGAAAUUAUCAGGAGCAACGCUAUAUAAAGAGGGAUCAAAGCCAACUGGUAUCUGGUUAAUAUCAAAUGGAGUAGUAAAGUGGUCAAGUAAAAGCCAUAAGCAUUUAUUGCACUCAAGUUUCACACAUGGAAGUACUCUUGGUUUGUAUGAAGUGCUUGCUGAAAGGCCCUACAUGUGUGAUAUUGUCACCGACUCUGUGGUACUGUGCUUCUUUAUUGAGAAUGAAAAGAUAUUUUCCGCAUUGAGAUCUGAUCCUGCAGUGGAAGAUUUCUUUUGGCGGGAAAGUGUCAUUGUUCUUGCCAAGCUCAUGCUUCCUCACAUGUUCGAGAAAAUGCCGAUGCCAGAUUUAAGAACUCUUAUCGCUGAAAGGUCGACAAUGAAUAUAUACAUAAGGGGAGAAAGUUUUGAACUACCUGCACAUUAUGUGGGUUUCUUAUUGGAAGGUUUUGUAAAGAUUCCAGGUGGUCAAGAAGAGCUGCUUACAGCUCCAGCAACAAUACUACCCCGUAGAAAUCAAAGUUUCACUCGACCUGAAACAUCAGGCGUCAGGGCAGAAAGUUUCAUUCACCAAGUUUCUGUCUAUCAAGUUGAGACAAGGGCAAGGGUAAUUACACUAGACAUUGCUGGGUUCGAAGCUGGUAGAACUCUCCAAAAAAGGCCGUCUUCAAUAAUUUCACGUUCAGCCGAUUACUCGUCUGGAUCUCUUGUUCCAGAGCAUGGUGGUCUGAUGAGGUGGCCUGAACAAAUGUUCAUCUCCAAACAUCAUGAUCCAGAAGUGUCAUACGAACAAGGAAACAAUUUGUCUGCCAGGCAAAUGCAGCUGAGCAAUUAUGGUAGCAUGAUUAACAUCGGAGGACGACGUACUCGAAGUAGGAGAGUGAGGCCGGCUUACAGCAUGUCAUAUCCUAGAGUCCCUUCCAAUCACACACAACGUCGAAUGGUCUCCUCAAAAUCCGAAGGGUCUGCCACCCUAUGCACGAGACUUUAUGGGCAAGAAGAUAGUAAAAAAAAGCAAAUUGUUUCACGACAUGAGGAGUUGCAUCACAACAACAAGCGUCCAACGAGAGAUGAGUCGAGCGACGACUCUGACGAGCAUAUUGUGAGGAUUGAUUCCCUGAGCAAACUUUCUUUCUACCAGGCCUCUUGACGCCUUUUCUCGAGGCUGUUGUUGUAUCAUUUUUUUUUUUUUUUUCUCUUCCUUCUAUUUUUCCUUUAUGUAAUUUAACUGUGUUCUUCUGUCCUUGUGCUCAUCCACGGAAGAAUAUGGCAAUACACAUCACUUAAUGUUAUAAGCGAAGGAUGUGCUUGGGAUAUGGGGAAACUUUGGUGUAAGAUUAUAUCUGGAUGAUUUAUGACACACAAGUAUAUAAAUAAGGAGGACAUUGAUAAGGUUUGCCGUUAGGUUGGCUGCAAGAAGACACCUUGUGUUGUUCUUAUGGGAUAUAUGGGUUCAUGGGCCGUAAAGAUUGGGAGGAAUAAUAAACGAACAAAGUUACACCUGAGAUUUAGUUUGGUUCAUUUUUUAUUAAGAAAAUCAUGCCUUUGUGGUUUGUCACUGUCUAGUUCUUGUGAAUAAUAUAAGUUUGUU